ACAUGAUAUCUUGUUGAGCCUGCAUGCCGAGAACGUGCGCUGCCAAAGAUGACCGCAUUUCCAGUCGCAUGUCGGGGACAAGCUCAGACCCACGAGCCCUGGGUUGGCCCGAGAUCCGAGACGUUACAUUCGGGCGAUAUGAUUCCCAUGGAAAUGAGCGCGGGAGCAAGAAAAGCCCCGACCCGAGGGGGAUAGCAGCCAUUCCAGACCCUCCUCUGGGCGGUGCGUCCGCGGCGUCACCGGUUGGGUGGAAAUUCCUCAUCAGACCGGAUCUCUUAUAGGCCAGACGGCGGGGGGGCACGUCCGCUCCUCGUGGUCCGGCCAUUCGCACCCUACAGAAAAUCUCUCGACUCAAUUCGCUCCACGAAUUUCUCUCGGAGAAAUGGCCUACGCGGUGCUCGGCGCGACUGGGAACUGCGGCACGGCGUUGAUCCAAACCCUACUCGCCACCCGCAGCACCAACCAGGUGCACGCCUACUGUCGCAACAAGCCCAAGCUGCAGCGGCAGCUGCCCGAACUUGUCCCCAACCCGCGCGUCACCAUCUUCGAGGGUAGCAUCCAUGACGUUGCACUCAUGACGGCGUGCAUCCGCGGGUGCCAGGCCGUCUUCCUGACGGUGUCGACCAACGACAACGUGCCCCAGUGCCGCAUGGGGAUGGAGGUGGCCACCACCGUCCUCCAGGCCCUGCGCAUCCUGCACACGGAGCAGGAGGCCCUCCCCAAACUAGUGCUCCUCUCGUCGGCGACGCUGGACGACCAGCUCAGCCAAAACACGCCGCCCUGGGUGCGCUGGAUCCUGCUGCGGUCGGCCUCGCACGUCUACGAGGACCUGCGGCGCGUGGAGACGCUGCUGCGGGCGCAGCAGGACUGGGGGGUGAUCACCAUCUUCAUCAAACCGGGUGGGCUGUCGGUGGACGGGGUGCGGCGCGGCCACCGGCUGAGCCUGACCGAGGAACAAAGCCCGCUGGGGUACCUGGACCUCGCUGCGGCGAUGAUUGAGGCGGCGGAUGACCCGGACGGCCGCUAUGACAUGCGCAAUGUAGGGGUCGCCUACGCCGCCGAGGGGGGGGGGCCCGCGCGCUUCCCCCGCGGUGCCCCCCUGUGCAUCUCCAUGGGGCUCGUGCGCCAUUACUUGCCGUUCCUCCAUCCCUAUCUUCCGGCCACGGGACCGGUUUAGUUCGUUUCGGUCAUUUAGGGCAUGUUCAUUGGGUUCAUUGGAUUGCCUGGUAUGCAUGCAUGCAUGCAUGCAUAAUACAAAUACAUUCCUGAUG